UUCUUUGCUGUACUACUCCUGUAGUCCGGUCAAAACACCCUCACACAGUUUGACACUUCCCUCCUUCCAAAGUUGUCGUAGUCUUACACCUUUGUACUUGUUCUCAGCACCCAAUCAACCUCUGCAGUUUGCUCUUGACGAGUUUUAUCUGAUGGAUGAUCGUAAGGAGAAAAAUGCGCCAUGGUUAUCAGUGCCACAAUUUGGGGACUGGGAUCAGAAGGGCCAAGUCCCAGAUUACUCCCUUGAUUUCUCCAAGAUCAGGGAAAUGAGGAAGCAAAACAAGAGAGAUGUGUCCAGAGCUAGUCUUGGAAAUGAAGAAGAGCUCAUUGCCUCAAACACUGCUAAAGUGGAUGUUUCCCACAAUGACAUUCACCAUCCUCACUAUGAUCAGAACAGCCACUCUCCAACUGCACGAAGAAGCAUAUUCAGCUACUUCAACUGUUGUGUGAAGGCUUGAUGAUCCCGCAGACGUAGGAUUUGGAGACAACCCACCUUCUCCUUGCAUUUCUUCAACUGCUUAUAUUGUUCAUCACAUGUUUAUCUAAUCUUCUCACCAAUCUCCCAGUUCAUUUGAAAAAAAAAAUGGAUGUGAUGUAUAACUCCAUUUGGUUAUUAGCAGUCUUUCUAAUUUUGUAUUCUUCGUGUUUCUGCCCUUCACGAGACUAUGAUAAACCAUGUACUUAAACUAAGAGAUUAAGAGGUUAAACAGAAAUUUGGCAUAA